ACUGCGCAUCUCCUCUUCAACUUCACAGAGACCGAGAGGCCCCUCCCUUUGAAAAAUCAAGAUGUGAGAACAUUUAAGAACAGUAAACCGAGACCUUAAUAACAGAUUUCAGCGGGGAGAGUUCGCAUGAUCAACGAGAUGAACCUGGACGAGGACAGUGGCUUGACAGUCAGCUGUGGCAACGGCAAACUGAGACAGUGGCUGAUAGAUCAGAUUGACAGCAGACUCUAUGGUGGCCUGGUCUGGGAAAAUGAGGAAAAAAGUAUCUUUAGGAUUCCGUGGAAACAUGCAGGAAAACAAGACUAUAACAGAGACGAGGAUGCUGCUCUCUUCAAGGCAUGGGCAUUGUUUAAGGGAAAAUAUAAGGAAGGAGUCGACAAGCCAGACCCCCCCACAUGGAAAACAAGACUACGCUGUGCUCUUAAUAAAAGCAAUGACUUUGAUGAGUUAGUGCAAAGAAGCCAACUGGACAUCACAGACCCCUAUAAAGUCUACAGAAUAAUUCCAGAGGCAGCCAAAAGAGGUAUGAAGAUGAGUAUGGAGGAGACACCAUCACAUGCAAAUUCCCUUGGCUAUGUUCCUCCUUAUACGUCUCUGCAGAACCAGGUAUCUGGUUAUAUGGUUUCUCAGGAGAGAAGGGACUGGAGGGAUUACUCACCCCCAGAACAACAACCGCUUCCUCCUCCACAUCAUCACGGGCCACAUGCAGAGCUGCAGUAUGGUUCGAGCCACUACCCGUCAGCGUUCAGCCGGGCUUGGCCGGGGUCACACACAGAUAACGGUUUUCAGCUCUCCUUCCACACCUACCUGUCAGAGUCUCAACUGCCUUUGUAUUCAUUCGACCAAAGUAAUUCCAUAACAGAUUUCAGCCUGCAUGUGUCCUUAUACUACAGAGAGUCUAUGGUGAAGGAGGUUACCACCACCAGCCCAGAAGGAUGUCGGAUCACCUCUUCUUCUUCCUCCUCCUCUCCAUCAUCUUCCUCCUCUUCUUCCCCAAGCUCAGAGGACAAGCUUCACAGCGGGGCGGAAACCAUCCUCUUUCCAUUCCCGUACCCCGAGUCUCAGAGGCAGGGGGCUGACAUGCUUCCUAUCGUACUGGAGAAGGGUGUGCUUUUGUGGAUGACGGCUGAUGGGUUAUAUGCUAAUCGCCUCUGCCAGGGACGAGUGUACUGGGAGGGACCCAUGGCUCCAUAUAUGGAUAAACCCAACAAGCUGGAGAAGGAGCAGCCAUGCAAACUGUUUGACACCCAGCAAUUUCUCAUUGAGCUCCAAGAAUUUGUCCAUAAUGGCCGACAUGUACCAAGAUAUCAGGUGGUGUUAUGUUUUGGAGACGAGUACCCCGACCCACAGCGCCAGAGGAAGAUGAUCACAGCACAGGUGGAGCCAGUGUUUGCCAAAAAACUGGUGCACUAUUACCAGCAGAACAAUGGCCACUACCUGCGGGCUUUUGAUCACAUCCAGGAACAGAAUACAUCUCUAACCGUCGACUAUCCUUCCCAGAGACCCCUACAGCAUAUUCAGGAGUAACAAUCAGACACUCUCUCACACACACACACACACACACACACACACACACACACACACACACACACACACACACACACACACACACACACACACACACACACACACACACACACACACACACACACACAGUAGGGUAUAACUGUGAAUGUAUAGUUUACAAUUUCUCACGCCUUAUGACUGCAGAGUACUGUAGAUAGUCGAAGCUGGCAUUGUACUGAGGGGUAAAGAUGGGGAAGACCCUGUUGUUUUCACUUGCACACCUAGCUUCGUAGCCUUUAAGUCUGUGACUGUGUAGUACUGGCUUUUUUUUCAUUCUACAAGUAUUAUUGUGACAGUGAGAAGGAUGCGGUUUGAGGGUGGGGGGUAUGAGGGGAGCGAAGGGCGACUGAGACAGGAAGUACUAGCACAGGUGCACAGGAAGAAUGGCCCCUAAGACAAACACUGAUAUGUCAAAGGGACACAGCAGAGCAUGAAUGAAUAUUUAUUGCAUCUUCACAGGUUUGACAAUGUGUUUGUUGCACUCACACACUUAAGUGGAACAAUCACAAACUCUGCCUUUUAAACUUAGUCAACACAGCU